AUGGCUCCCACCUUCGACGACAAUCUGUUCACAUCAGCGCUCACCUCCUCCAGGAAUGUCUUUUGGGCCGACAAUGCACACCUCCUGGAGUCGGAACGGGAACAUCGCUGGAGUCAACUCCUCUCCUCUUUCAUUCCACAACCGAAUUCCACUCAUGACAACAACUUCCUCGAAACCCCCAGAGCGAAUGGAACUCCAGAUGCUUUUGGCAAAAGGUCCCGAGAAAAGGUACCACGCACAAUUCCCAAUGGAUCACCCCCAUCCAAGCGACGAGCCACCACUCCGGAAUCAUCCACCGUCGUUGAUGUAACUCGGCCAGACUCCCAACGCAUAUCCCCUUCUCCCCUUCAUAUGAACCGCCAUCUAUCGACAAAAUCAUGGAAUGGAACCUCUCCUCGCCAAAAAGCUGGGAUGGUUCUGACCACCACAUCGCCCGUCUCUCAGGCAGUUUCGGUCGCAAUCCCCGUUUCCCAGCCAGCCUUAACGCUCGAACGACAAUAUUCCACCUUCCAGACACAACAACUCAACAUGAACGAAAUCCACGAUUUCUCACCUAUGGAGUAUGCCCGACAACAAUCCCAGGAUGUUGUUCCCGAUUCACCAUUCAUGUUUGAGUCUCCCGACCCCGAAUGCUCCCCGCUCUUCGAUGACGAGAAAUGGGAGUAUCCCACCAACUCGCAGGGAUUGGUUCCUCCUCGAAAUCAAAACUAUACGAGGUCCAACUCAACCACUGCGGUUGAGAUGUGCCGAACAACAACAACUGAAUCUUUGUGCGGAGGAAUGGGCAUGAUCCGAGUCGAUUCGACUGGAUCAAUUCCUAGCAAUCUGGCCACGCCAGAUCAUCACUCUUCUCUUUAUCUCUCUCAUCAGUCAUUAAAAUUCAAAGAUGACACCAAGUACUGCCUUGUCCCAUCUCUUAUUUCCAAUUUCUGUUCUGGUAACAUGAAUAAUGUUCGCUUUUCUCAGUCCUUGCCUGAAUCCAGGCCUGCUUUCCCUCACAUUUCUCCAUCUCCAUCUACUUCCCUUGCGUGUUCCCCCCCCUCUUCUUCCCAACUUUCUUUAACACCUUCAUCUUCAGAGAUGAAGCAUUCUUUGUCAAGCGCGAGUGAUAGCUCGUUGCUUUCGAUCCAGUCAAGGGCUGUGCGGAGGACUCAAGAGCAAAUUGUGCAAGGCACACGGCCGAUUGCGCCAAAACAAGAAAAGAAGGAUGCAUCGCAAUCCAAAGUUGCAGAGCACAAGAUGCUCAGAAUCUCAUCGGAGGAUGGCACCUCGCGAGAAGUAGCAGCUAUCCCCAAAGCCUCAGUUCACCGUCCCGCCAGACAGAAGACGUACUGUAGCUACUGCAAUGAACAACCAGAUGGUUUUCACGGUGAUCAUGAACUCAGAAGACACAUUGAGCGUGUCCACUCUGUUGUGCGUAAGGUCUGGGUGUGUGUUGACAUUUCUCCUGACAAACAAUUCCUCGCCAACUGCAAGGCGUGCCGUAAUGGCAAGCGCUACGGGGCUAACUACAAUGCCGCUGCUCACCUUCGACGCACUCACUUCAACCCAUGCCAGCGGGGGCGUGGAGGGCGUGGGAAAGACAGUGAAAAACGGGGUGGUAAAGGUGGUGGUGUUCUCCCUCCCAUGGAUGUCCUGAAACACUGGAUGGAGCAGCGAGAGGAGUAUGUCAUCGACAGCGUUAUCGACAACGACAAUAUGGUCGAGGACACCCUCGAUACUCCUGCUAUUACCACUUUUGCAUCUCUCUCCCAAACCCCCGAUAGCAACAUCAUUGAGAGUGGUGCCGGCAAUACCAACAAUAUGCCCACUCUACACGACAACCCAAUACCGAUAGUAAUUGCAGGCGAAACUGCCAUCUCCAUCGACCAAAGAUCCACGGACCUCUAUUCGACGGUAGCCCUUGACUUUGACGACACCAACGCCGCAGGGUCGAACUGGGAUAUAUGUGGGCAGAUGUUUCCCGCUGCUGGUGGGUUUGUCGAUGGUAUGGAGUCAUUGUCGAUGAAUGUUCUUGAUUCAUCCUAUUAUGGUUCGUCACUUAUCGAUGCUCAGCAGCUGAAUGAGCUCGACAACUUUGUUCCUGUUAUGUUGUUGUAG